AUGGGUUUAUUCAGUAAACGUUCAAGGCAAAGUACAGCAUUGAGUCAUAUAUCCAAUGUAACAUCUUCUGCUUCUACUUCAACGCCUAACAGCCCUUUCUUACAGUCAGGGAGUUCAUUUGGUAGAUCGGGUAGAAGUACUCCAUCACUCUCUUCACCCAAUCCGAAUUCCUCAUCACUUCCGUCUUCCCAUCAUCAAUCUCAAGCGCAAGCCCAAAUUAUCAGUCUUAGAGUAGCUAUAGAUCCUAUUCCACUCAAAGGCAACAACGAAGAUGCCAAAAAUCUUUUUUACAUACAAGUCAGUCCUGAAGAAGGUAUAGCAGCCAUCAGAAGAGAAAUAGCCAGAACAGUCGGUCAUGGUUCAAUGGGUUUAUUCAAAGUUUCAAUACCAUAUCAAGCACAUGGUCAAUCACGUUCUUACACUGAACGAUACGGCAAAUCAGUCAAUUUGUUGUCACAAUUUCCUGCUUUUAAUCUCGAUGAUUCGACUCAAUUGGAAUUAAGUAUUGAGUCAGCUUACAAGAACACGGCAGCGGAUGCAAUCGCUUUGGGAGAAUUGAAAAUCAAACAUUGGUUUCCCGAUUUCGCUACGCACGGUUCAACAGAUCAUAUUUCAAUUAUUGCUAGGCCAUUACAAGGAAUGCCAAUUAAUACAGUUCCACUUACCCUUCGCGCAUACCUUGCCCACUCUCCCCAAACUUGUUCGCCUGGUCCAUCCACUAUUCGUACCCCGUCUCCCCCUCUUGUGAUUGAUAUUGAUCCAUACAUAACAGUCAAUGAACUCAAAUCAGAGAUACUGAGAACAGCAGGCCAAGAUGCUGCCUUCUGGCGUUCCGUGGUUUUAUGGCAAAUAGCUAUGACAGAAAGUGAAAUGGAUGUGAUCAACCAACUGGGUAGGCUGAAGAACGGUAAAAUGCCUUGGCCAUACCCACCGGGAGCGAUGGAACCUAUUCCUAUGACAGAUGGGAAUUUACCUGUCUCAUUAUUCUUCCCAAGAUCGGCACCUAACGGCGAUAUGUUAAACUUAUCGGUUUGGGUAAAUCCCACUUGUGGGGCUGAUUCAGCGACUCUUCCUGCAUUGGCAAGGGAUAUUCCUCAUUUCAGAUAUCCAAUGGCAGCCCCUAGACCUGCAAGUAUACAGUGUCCUUCACCUGAGUUACACCAAGAAUCAUUCAAACUCGCUUCUCCAGUAUCGGAACUUCCACCAGCUUCCUCUUUGGCUACUCUGAAGGUGAAAGCGAGACGAAACAGACCAUCCACUGCUCCGGCAGCAGUCAAUAACAUGGGAUCAGGAGAUGAUAAAGCUAAAAUCCGCUCGUUCGGCGCUGGAUCAACGAAACCGCCUCCACCACCAGCUUCAAUUCGAUCUUCCAGUAUUGAAUCUAAAUCCAAGAACGGACUGGGUAUAGUCACCACUCCUUCUCCUUCUACUUCAACGACACCUCUCCUCGAUAGGACAAGCUUCUCAAGUACUGAAUCCUCAGAGUCAAUUGUUCCUCCAGCGCCCUCAUUAAGCUUCUCCCAGCUCUCUUUAGACACUCUUACAAUCACCAAUGUGAACACACCGCAUGAAGAUGGAAAUGAUUGGCUGACCCCGAGAUUGAAUGUACCCAAUGCUGGCGUAGAUUUGAAAAAAACAGUCUCGAUUAAUAGGGGUAGUCUCAGAGACAGACUAAGGAAAGUUAUGUAG